UUAUUUUGAACGACCUGAUAUUACAUCCGGCGGUCUAAUGACCAAUGUCAAUAAAGACUCGGAAGAUGUGCAUAAUGCAAUUUCAGAAAACAUGGGAUACAUUAUACAAUAUACCGUUACCGCCCUCAGUUGUCUCGUGCUGGCAUUUUCGAAAAAUGCUAUUCUAACCUUGGUGAUAUUAGCCUCUAUGCCGCUGGUAUUUUUGGUAUUGGCCAUCACUUCUCGUCUUGCCGGUCCUUUACUAUCGAAGGAACGUGAAAUAUUCAUGAAAGCCGGUAAUACACUCGAAAACGCCUUGAACGCCAUCAAAACCAUCAAAGCGUUUAACGGCGAGGAGAAGGAGGAGAAGAAACACCUGGACAAUCUAGAGGAGGCUAACGCCACUUCUAGUGGCUUGGCCCGUAUCUACGCUCUACGCACCGGCCUAAUUCAAUUCUUUCUGUUGUCAUUGUUCUUUCAAGGAUUCUGGUACGGGUCAGUGUUGGUGGCCGAUAAACAACUCGUCCCCGGAGAUGUGUUGAGUAUAUUCUACGCUAGUCUACUCGGUGUCAGCGUGAUAAAGGGUGUGCUACCAAAAUUACUGGCAGUAUCCAAGGCCAAAGAAGCCAUGAAAUCAAUAAACACUUUGUUAGGAAAAGUAGCGUUGAUGGAUUUGGAAGCAUUAAGAGGUUUCAAAUUGUCAGAGGUAGAGGGAAACAUUGAGUUCAACGAGGUCAGUUUCUCGUAUCCCAGUCGUCCGGACGUGCCGGCGUUGAACAACAUCAACCUUCUCAUCCCGGCCGGACAGACCACCGUGUUCGUCGGACAAAGCGGUUCCGGAAAGUCAACCAUAGCACAAUUGGUGCAACGUCUUUAUGAACCGAAUAAUGGUUUGAUCACUUUGGACGGACGUGAACUUCGAAUUUUAAAUAUUUCCUGGCUUAGACAGCAGAUUGGCGUUGUCAGUCAGGAACCUGUCCUCUUUGAUGACACCGUAUUUCAAAACGUCGCCUAUGGAAGACCCGAUUAUUGGAAUGUCACUCUGGAAGAGGUUAUCUCCGCGUGCAAGGCCGCAUGCAUUCAUGACUUUAUACAGGAACUACCGGAAGGAUAUAACACCCAUUUAGGCGACAAAGCAAAGAAACUUUCGGGUGGUCAGCGACAAAGAUUGUCUAUUGCUCGGGCUUUAAUAAAGGACCCAGCCAUUUUGAUCCUCGACGAAGCGUCAAGUGCGCUCGAUAUGGAAUCUGACGCAUUGGUGCAACAAGCUCUACAUAACAGUCGUGUCGGUCGAACCACCAUCGUCAUCACUCACAAUCUAUCUCAUAUCAACAAAUCGGAUGUCGUAUACGUAUUAUCUGAUGGCGAAAUUGUGGAAUGCGGCACUACCACACAACUUCUCGAAAAUUCAGAAGGUCAAUUUUCAAAGUUAGCAGAAGAAUCUUGUCAGAAACGUAACCCCAAACGAAGAACUCACGAAUUGGAUAUGAUCAACAUGAGAUUGAGAUGCUCUGAAAUUCACCAACCGCACAGAUCGGUCCACAUCGCCAAUGAUAUCCCUCCUUCACCGAGCCUACGAAAACGAACGUCGCAUGUUGGAUGGAGUUCGCCUACUUAUGCCGAACACUUUGACGCAAGAUCAAUGGAUAUUCUGAAUACUUCCGCUUCAGCCGCCGUCUCACGACGGCGUAUGUCAUUUUUCGAUAUUUUAAGUUAUUAUGAAGACGAAACUGAAGAUGGAGCUUUGAUUGAUAUCUUGGUGACCAAUCCUGACGACGCUUCCGUGAGAGAGGGACGAACACGUGUCAGUGUUCUGGAAUUGAUUCGAGAGACAAUGCAAAACAGAGCCGUCUACUCGUUGGGAGUGAUUUCCUCCAUCAUCAAUGGUCUCGUGAUGCCCAUAUUUUC